GAACAUCAUUCGAAGCUUCGUAAAGGUUCCACACCGCCACCUAGAAACACCAUUUAUCGAAGCAAUAACGCGCCUUUUGAAAAGCAAAUUGGUUAAACCGCCGGUGGCAAAUCGAACCGGCCCGGUCUAAUGCAAAAUAUAAAUUUAGGGGAUCUUCAUUUUACUUUACCAGAAUUCAAAGUAUCAAGAAUAUCGCAGAUCUCACUGAAACCCUCGUCGUGAUCUACACGUCGUUCUUUCCUUCGUUCGUGCGUGUGGACCCCCUCGACGAUCGUUCGCCAGUGGACGGCCGGCCAUUCCCGAUCAUCUCCUCGGCGCCGUUGACGGUGUCCUUGUUCCUUUACCUUCAAUCCUAACUUUUCUGCAUUCUUAAGGAUAUGGCUGAGGAUUCUAAGAAGGAGAACGGAGAUGUUGAUACAAAGGUGCCAAGCACAUCUUCCGAUCCUGAGGUGAAAAAAGAAAAGACAAAGAAGAAGAAAGGAGUGUUCUCAAGAGUGUGGAAUGCAGUGUUUAGAUCACAGGGUGAUGAUUUUGAGAAACGGCUGCAACAUAUUACUAAGGAGGAAGCAUCUGUUCUAUCUAGGAUGAGAAGACGUUCUCAGAGCUGGAAGAGGAUUAGAAGAGAUUUCAUUGUGAUGUCUGUCCUCCUUGAGGUAAUUAUGCUGGUUUAGUAUACGAUAGUACCAUUUCAGUGUAUGUGAAAAAAACAAUUUGGCUAGGGUAGAUGGAACUCGAAAUUUGUGGUAUUUUAUGUUUGUUAAACCCUUAUUUGAUCAACAUUUUCUUUCUACAUGAAUUUGAAUGGAAUUAUCAUCUUGCAUGUUGGUUCUUUGAAUUGAUGAUCUUUGCUUAUUUUGUGCUUCUCUCUGCAUUUCGAUUUUGGCAAUGAUCUUGUUGAGCUCAUAAAUCUCUUUUCGAGCUGCUCUUUGAAUUUGGUUUUGGAAGAUUUUUUUUGGGUACCGAGUUAUGAUGAUUUCUCGAUUUGUACUCAUACACACACACACACACACAUCUUUCUGCAGUCAUGACACUUGCUGUCCUGGGUCUUAUUGUUUAUGAAGCUUGAAAGCAUUCUGGUGUGAUUUCGAGGAAAAACAUCCUAGCAUUUAUUUAUUUUGUCUUGGAAUUAACUUGUAAUCCCUCUUUAAAUGAAGUACUCUGCCCCUCUUUUUUGCUUGUAUGAUUUUCAAUACUGCAGCCUUAUUUUUCUGAGUGGAUUCAGCUGUGACAAAAUCAGUUAGAAAUCUGUUCUCUGAGUGGAUUCAGCAGUGUCAAAAUCAGCUAAUAAUCUGUUCUAUAUCCGUUUGCAUAUUUUUGAAUGUUAUAAAAUCUUUCUUCCUCUUAUCCCUUAAAAUUGGAUUAUUCAUCAUUUUUUUAAUCUAAAGUGGAGAUGAUAUGUGAAAGUUCAUAGAUGAUUUAAUCCAUCAAUUCUUUUUUUUUUUUUUCUGUAGAUUUAAACUCAAUGUGAUUAUGCAAAGGGACUAGAUUAGUCAGAUUUAUUGAACACCUGCACACAAAAUUAGGUCGGAUGGCACCAUGUCAGCAUGCUUUCUGUUUUUAUGUGCAGGGUUAGGUAUUACCUUACAUAAUGAUGAUGUUAUACUUGUAUUGAAUGAAACUGAUUAGAUGAGUGGGAAGUGGGUAUUAGUUGACUUCAAUUCUUUUGCUUUUGUGGCCAUGUCCCCAAGCAGUUAUUUGAUUUUUCUGCUCUUUAUCGGUUUGAUUUAGGCAAUCGCAGUUGGUUAUGCAAUAAUGACUACAAGAGCAUUGGAGUUGGAUUGGAGGAUGAGAGCUUUGCGAGUUUUGCCGAUGUUUCUUUUGCCUGCUUUAUCUUUUCUUACCUUUUCGGCAUUUAGCAGCUUCAACACGAUGCGUGAUCGCAAAGACCAGAAGACUCUUGAAAGGCUUAGGACUGAAAGGCAAAACAAGAUUGAUGAACUGAAGGAGAAGACAAAUUAUUACAUUACCCAGCAGCUCAUUCAGAGGUAUGACCCUGACCCUGCUGCAAAGGCGGCUGCUGCCUCUGUUCUGGCCUCAAAGCUUGGAGCUGAUUCUGGCUUGAAAGUCUACCUCGGGGAUGAGUCUAAGCUGAACGCGCCUGUAGGAAAAAGCAGUGAUGUUGAGCUUGUGCCGUCUUCUGGUCUUCGGAAUAGGAAGCAGGUGCAGACAAGAGCUAAUGGUUCUGAUCACACUGUAUUAGAUCACCAUGAGGAGGAAAUGCUACACCAGACUGGGCUUGAGGGGCUUGAUGUUUCUCAGCAUCAGCAACUGGUUGUGGAGCAUCACCAGCAAUCCGGCUCUACUUCUCAAGAUGGUGGAUGGUUGGCUCGCGUGGCAGCUUUACUCGUGGGGGAAGAUCCAACACAAUCAUAUGCAUUGAUUUGUGGCAACUGUCACAUGCACAAUGGGCUUGCUAGAAAAGAGGAUUUCCCAUAUGUAACCUACUACUGUCCCCAUUGCAGUGCCUUGAAUAGGCCAAGGCAGAUGGAUGACCGUGCUUCUGGAUCCAAUUCUCCCCAUUUGGGAUCUUCAACAUCUGUUAGCGAAGUUGAAGUGACGAAGAAUGCUGCUGGCCCUGCGAGGAAGACUUCUGCUUCUGGCAGCCCAGUUAGCCCAGCCGAAAAUGAAACAAAAGCAGUAGAAAGUGACAUAGCUUCGUCAGAGGUCCUGGCUGGUUAGUUGCUGCACGAACCCUCGGUUUCUUUAGUUAUUUCCUUCUGGGUUCAAAGUAAGAGACAUGAUUACUUGCUACAUCAAUACUGCAACUUGCACUGCUCUAUAUCAGCUAAUCGAAAGGAAUCUUGGGGUUUCCAUUCUCUCGGUUGAGAUUUCCAUACAUCGAUAAAGCAUACGAGAUACAUAGUCAAGAACUGGUUCUUCCAGAUGGUAACUCUGUAGGGUUGGUUUUCACUGCUUGUGCUUGGAUUUUGUUCCAGCUCUUUAUUUUGAUUUUGUCGAUUUUGUAAAUCGUUAUUGUAAAAGAGUAGUUAGAAUCUUCCUCUUUUUGGAGUCAGAAUUACUCCAAAUGAACGAAUUGAGACAUGAGAGAUUGAAUGUGAGGCCCUUCCCUUUGUCAUUGAAAAAAAGAUUGUUGUAUGGGCGAUACUUUUAAGUAUCACUUGUUUCUUUUUAGUGCUUCUCGCAGAUGAAGUUUUGUACGCCUUGUGAAGCGUGGUGGUUUGCUGUUUCGGACCUUGCAAUUCUAAAAAGUUCAACAUUAUUUUUUAAUGGAAGUAAUUUGAAUGUUUAAUUUAAGGAAUUGAA